ACUCGCUGCAACCGCGAGCGGGACUAGACGGGAAGCGAGCGAGCGCUGCUGCUGCUGCCGCCUCGCCCCCCCCCCCCGCCUCCAGCGCUCGCCUCGCCGUCCGGGCCCCGCGAGCCAUGGUGCCGGGGUUGCCUCCCGCGGGCUGCAGCCUAUGGGCCAGCUGCGCCUGAACGGCGGCGCCCGCCUGCCCCCCGAUGCCCCCGGCGCCCCUGCCUCGCCGCCGCUGCUUCCCCCGCCGGGGCGGAGGAGGCUGCUCGCGCUGCUGCUCUUCGCCAUGCUCGCCUUGUGGCUCUGCGUGCUCUAUUCGUGCGCCGCCGGGGCGUGCGCCUCCGCCGCGCCGGGUCUGCUGCUGCUGCGCGGCUCGGCGCCUCCUGCCCGGCGGGCGCACAACCCCGCCGCGCUCUCCAAGCUGCUGCUGCUGCGGGCGCCGGGCUCCAAGGGCCAGCUGAGCCCCGAGCAGGAGAACAACGACGAGGACGACGACGACGACGACGACGGGGGGGAUAACAACAGCAACGGCGGCGCUGCCGCGGAUUCUCCUCUCAGCCCCAUCUCCAGCUUCCUCAACGGCUCCGGCACCAAGCGGCUGCCCCAGGCGGUGAUCAUCGGCGUGAAGAAGGGCGGCACUAGGGCGCUGCUUGAGUUCCUGCGGGUGCACCCCGACGUGAGGGCCGUGGGCGCCGAGCCCCACUUCUUCGACCGCAACUACGAGCGGGGACUCACCUGGUACAGGUACGCCCAGCCUUGGGGAGAGCGUCCCGGACCUUUAGCAUAGCCUGGCGCCCCCUUCGUCGGGGGCGAGCCGUUAGAAGCCGGUCAGAAGGCGUAGCCCGCCUCCACCGGAGACCCCGCGACCCCACCAGGGUGUGAAUGGACGGCAACCCGUCCACGUGUCUCCAUCGACCCAAAGUGGGAUAUUUCUCUCUGCCCCACUCCUAGGGAUAAUGCGACUCGCUUAACUCUCUAGCAGUUUACUGGUUACUUCACCCCCAAACCACACAGGGCUUUUACUGGGUGUUGAUGGGUAGGAGUUAAGCGGGUAAGGUAAGAGAGAGACCCGGGCCGAAUCGCCCUGCUUUUCCACUGCACCAACAUUACGCGCGAUUAAAGCCACCUCUGAAGCUCUUAGGAGUUUGAGUAGCCUUGACUCCCAAGUAACGGGUUUAGACGCGACUUGUUCGAGGGGUCCCCCUUCUCCCCGCUUUCCCUUCCCGGAAAGAGGGAUGCGUUUAAAAUGUGUCCGGGACUGUGGAUGUGGAUGGAAGCGGGAAUUAACUGGCGUGGGUCAAGGUGGGAAGUAAGCAAGGGAGGCCACUGGCCGAGCCGCCUUUGGAGCCUAUAAAUGGGCCUGCCCACACGCCGCCUCGAGGGUCCUCUCCAAGCCGUGUUGUUUCGAGGCUCCGGUGGCCUCUCCAAGGUCUCCCCGCGCGGCCUCCAGUGUAGGCAUCAAGUGUCCGUGACCCUCAUGAUGGACGGGGUGAGACUCGGCUGCCCUGCAGUUAUUGUUCCCAGGAGCCCCGGCGUGGAUUAAUUCCGCUAGGCGUUUGUAUUGCGGGCUGUUUGUGUGCGCGCGUAUUGGGAGGGUAGCGGGUGGGAGCCGAGGGCCAGGAAGGGAAACUUUCCCCCGCUUCCAAAUCGGUUUCAAGCGCCGUAGCCGAACUCGCUCUAGAUCUACCCCAUUCCCUCUCUCUCUAAAAAGCCCGCAGCCCCAUUCACACGGCAGUGAGGUCCGUGUGUAUCUGAGCAGCGCGCCGGCGAGCGAGUUUGAAGGCAGUGCAAGGAGGCGCCGGCCGUGCGCGGAGAGGUAGUGAGCUCUGUUGGGCGAAAGGGAGCACUGCAGCUCCUGCUCCGCCAGCCCGCUCGGGAUUCUUAAUAUUUUGACACGGGAACCCGGCGAUCUGCUGUGCCGACUGAAUCUCGGCAAACACUAAUGAAAGUUAAGCUUCCAUAACUUUCCUAGACCUGAUUUGUGGAGCAAACGCGUCUCCAUGGGGUGCUUUUUAAGGCUCCUGGGAUUUAAAACGACAAAUAGAUCUGGCAUGGUUGUGGAGUCCUCUGGGCAGUUUCACGCGUCCUCUGGGGGUGCGAGGAUGGUUUUAAGGCCUCGUAGUAGCGGUCAUACCCACCCGCUCUCGCCGAGUUUAAGUUCUGCAGGACUGGGAGAAAGAGAGUUGCCUUCCCACUCUAGACAGCGGCGGCUCCACUCCGUCUCCUGCGCGCCCUCUUCCUUGUCAUUUUCAACUGCAGCUUCUUUUGCGCUUCACAUUUCUCGGUCCUUGGCCGAUGGACUUCUCUUUGAAAUAACUCUUUAGAGAGGAAAAAAGGGGGAAAGUUUUAAAUCAAAAUGUCCUAUUGAGGGCAUGCAGGAAAAAAUAAUCGAGUUCAAAACGAGAGCAGAGAGUGGAACGAAAGAUCUUAGGCAACGGAUUUUCUUAAGCGGGUCUAAGAUCAGCCUGUGUGGUUUGACUUGCGAGCUUGAUCUCUCCGUCCUCCUGCUAAAGGGGAGAAUUUUAUUUGCGGGGGGGGGGGCAGAAAUCCUCCGCUACCUUUUUGGGGAAAGUGCUGUAGACACCAGUUAUCAAGCCAGCGGCAGGUGAUUCUCUCAUCUCCUUCAGAUGCAUGGGAGAGGGGGAGAUGGUGCGAUUAAAAAAACAGCACCCUGCAGUUUUUAAACGGAUCUGUCCGCUGACCUUCUGCACUUCACGGGGACUGACUGCAGACCUGCCAAGAGAAGCCUCAGAUGCAUCUGUAAUGGGAUGCGGUCGUCGUCUGUGCAACAUGUGUCAGGGCAUGAAAAUGAAUCCUUGUACAGUCGAGGUGUCCAUUGAUUUAUAGGGUGGUGAUAACUUGGAGGGAGAGCCUUGUCUGUUAUAAAUAAAAAUGGUUUUGAUUUUACAUUCCAAGCCCUGCACUCAGUCAGGUGACUUCCACUUCCACCCCCCCCCCCAAAAAAAAACCAGCUUGCAGAACUUUGAGUGAAUCUGUGCAGGGAGAUGGGAAAAUUACAAAUACAAAAUCCAAACCUCUGCUAUGCUAAGCACAUGGCCGAGUUGCUGUUUAUGGUUUUUUGUUUUUUGUUUUUUGAAUAUUCUGUUUUAAAUAGGACACAAUUUAAAACAUCUCACAGGGAAGAAGGGUUUGAUUAAGGAAGAGCCAGAACAGUGGCAACAAUUUAACGUGUACCAAUCAAUAGAUGUAGCUGUUGCUUUCAGUAAAGGAAAUUUGAGAUGUAUUUGUUUUUAAAGUAAAAUGGAAAGACACAAUAUAAACGUAUUUGGAGACGCCAAGCUUUUUCGCUCAUUUAGGGUCACACAAAUGCUUCUUGGAGGAAUUGUGGGCCAAGUAAGCAAGAGUGCGAAAGCAAACCAAGGGCUUCCUGCCUUCUGCUCUGGCAGGAGGAUCAAGUCGCUUGUUUGGUAGGCAGGCUGUGCUUGUCCCCGUCUUCCCGGCUCCUUCCUCCCCGGCUCUCCUUUGUCACUCCCACAGCCCAGCGCCACAGCCUUUGAUUAGGGAGGCUAGUGCUAAUUUUGUUAGCCGAGGCUGUGAAGAGCCGGAUCUCUGUUAUCCAGGAUGACGGCCUUCAAGGUUUUCUAAAAGAUCCUCCCCAAACUACUGCUAGCUAAUGAGCAGAGCUGUCAGGAAGACGAAAACCAUUAAGUGUUACUAAAGGCCAAACUAGGGGGGAAUUUUCAACUUGCUUAGAAGUUGCGGGUUGGGUGGAUGGAAUGGGAGCCUGCAUUUAAAACUCUUCCUCAACUUUGCCUAAGUGGUUUAAGUAUUUUUUUGGGGGAAACUUAAUCACUGGAAAGCCACAUGCUUAAAGGUGUGCAUUUGAUGUGCAGUUUUGUUAAACAAUGAAACUCAAAAGCAUUAACACGUAAGGUGGCUGGGAAGAAGGUCUGUGCUGUUUGUCAUUCACAGCCUUAUUAAUGUAACUAAUUUAAAGUAACGAUUACCUCCCAUUGAACCCCAACUUCACAGGAGUUUUAUUUGGCAUUUGGCAUGAUUUUGGCUGAUGCAACCACCUUUUGAUCAAAUGUGCAUGUCCGCACUUUUGUCGGUGCCAGUCUUAUUUUCAGGAUGGUUUUUAAAAAGCUGGGCCUUGCUAGAUAAGCGCAGACAGUCUGGAGUGCCAGUGACUUGAUCGGAAAAGUUUGCAGGUUAUGCAAAUAUGAAUUAUGCAGAUUAGCUGGAUGUCCAAUUGUUGCAGGCCUUGGAAAGAUGCUAGUUGAAAGAAUGGGAACCAAACAUAUGACCACCUUAAUUGCCUAGAAUAAUAUUCCAGCAUCCUUGAGGAAACUGAAAUAGGUUUAGCACUGGGUUUAUGAGCUUUCCUCUCUUCCUCCCUCCAGCCACACAAGCCAUGGAGCAUGAGAUUCUACUUGCUUGGCAUAUUCAGGACAAUCCUGCUAUUUUACUCCUUUUAUUUCCUCUCUCUCUCUCUGGUCAACUUUUUCUCUUUGAGACUGGCUCAGUGUAUGCGCAGUUACUUGGGAGUAAGUCACUUUGGAUUUGUUGGGGAUUCCUCCAGAGUAGACGGGCAUAAAAAUAGCACUGUAUGUAGCAGCAUGUCUUUUUAAGACUGGCAGCCUUGCAUAUAGUAUCCAAGCUUAGUUGAAGCCACUUUUAUGUCAGCUGGGACAAUGUUGCCUUAAAGGAGAUGACAUGUUGAAAUGGCAAUAGUUACAGGUGCUGAUCUGGCUGGUGGCUAUUAUUUAACAGGGAUGUAACAGUUUUCCUAAUUAAGGCCCAACUGAGCCCUUCUACACCCCCCCUUGCCAAAUAGUCAAUCUGCUGCUAUUUAAAGGAAGGACUUCUGUGCAAGAGAAAAAUCAAUGUGUAGUUAGGCAAAUGAUAGUUUCUUAAGCUAAACCAAUAUACACAAACUUGUUCUUUUGAAUUGAGGUGUACAUUUUCCUAGGAACAUUUUUUCCCCUUUUUUUGGAAAAUAAAGAGAGACUCCAGCUUAGCACUGCUUUGAGUUGAAGCUGAAUUAUUAAGGGCAGCUUGAUUUCAGCUGCAGUGCACAACAUGCUGCUUUAAUAGUGGGCUUUGUUUUGUUAAAUCACUGUCCACGAAAACUCUGAGAAAUAGCUUGGUUCUCUCACAAACAAUUCAAGCUGCUGUGAAGUUGUCACGUGACACAAACUGCCCGUGCAGCAACGGCAAACCAUUUUUCAGCUGAGUUACUUCAAUUUGAUUAUUAUUGAAACUAAACCAUCUUAGUCUCCUAUAUGAUUUUAACGAGCUCUUGGAUUGGGGUGUUAGUCCUGUUUUAAUAAGACUAAAUUGCCUUAUGGUAGUUCAGCUGGGGACUGUGACUUAUGAGUGGAAGCCAUGAUACGUAAACAAGAAUAGAUUUGGGAGGGAUCUAUAACGGAGGCAAGAGCCUGAGUGGCAGAUUAAUGAUUUCUGCUUUAAAAUACUUUAACAGUUGCAAUCAAUUAAAUGUAGGUUUUAAUUUCACUCAGCAGCACCCCCCCUUCAAGAAAGGGCGUUUAGAGUAUAACUUACUGUUGUAAACAAUGCUUUCUUAAACAGAACCAUGUCCCUUCCCUUCAGCAACCAAAUAUUAACAGAAACUAAACUACUAUGUGUGCCUUUUCAAAAGUAGGCACCUCCCUUUCAAAAAAGAAAAGAAAAGAAAGCCCCAUUUCAAUUAACUGGAAAUCUUUCCUAAAAGUAAAGUAUAUAGGACUUCAACUUCGUAAAAACUCCACUGCCAAGUGCUUGAACUGACGUAUGAUUUUGAACGCUAUCUUUCUCCACGUUUCCAAAGCAACUUCAGAGUUGGUGAUACGUAAUGUGACAGCAUGUUAGUAGAACCAUACUGACUUUUCCUAAAGAUCUUUGUUUACUACUGAAUUUUAUUUUGGAUUUGAAUGGCUUCUAUUUCCCCACUUUAUUGGAUUGACACCAGACCAUUGUAAGUCUAUAGGUUACAUUUUUAUGGGACCCCUCCACCCUAUCUCUGCUCUGAUAGCUGAAUUUGCUCAAGUUUUGGGUUAUGGCACAAUUACAUUAUUACUGAGACAAUGGCCACAAAUCUUAAUUCAACUUACUUGAUUUUAUGGGGAAGAGAAAACUGCAGUAAUAUAGCCAUUGAAGUAAAUGAGAAGUCUUUUUUUCAAAUUCUGCAAAGGCUAUGAGUUUUUUUGCAGCUAACUCAUCACGAGGAAGCCAUUUAGGCACAAGUGUGACCAGGAUUAGGGACUAGUUUAGGAUAUUAUUUUUUAUCAAAAGGCUCGCCUCUGAAGGGAGAUGCAUGUGUUCAUCGUCAGCAAAUUCACCUCUUUUGCGAUAUGUUUCAGCAGGAGAUCUGCCACUUGGACUAUUUGAAAUCUACAAUUUUUGAUGAGGAUGGUUGGUUACUGCCAUGACAGGCUUUUACAUUUUUUUUAUUCAUUUUAUCACAUUUUCUGUCAUCAUUCAAACUAAUUUCCAAGUGAAAAUUUUGUGAUACUUUGGUUGGUCCUACUUAAAGGUAUUGCUGUGGAUUUUGGAGAUUUAUUUUUUAAAAAAACUAUUUUUAAAAAUUCUUAUGGAAGACCCUGCGUCUGGUGAAAAUUAACAAGGCAUUGUAGGGGUUGUGUGUGUCUGAUCAGUUAAGCACCCCCAAAUUAGUCAACAGUUGGCUCUUAAAGGGAAGUGGAGGAAAUGACUCCUUGGGAUUUUCUGUUCAUAUUGACUGCAAGGCUUUCAAUGUUAUCUAUGAUUAACUUCAAGGUUAGCCACCUUGAACUAUUGAGAAAAGGUUGUGUGUUUUAAAGCAAGCAAGCUUCCAUAUGUGCAGUAUCAAAACUGACUUGGGGGGGGGGACACUAUAACACCCCUAAAACAUUUUCAGCCUCAGACAGUGCAGACAUACAUAUCUGCUCAGAAGUAAGCCUUGUUGCAUUCAGUGGUAUUUAUUCCUCAAUAAGUGUGUACUGAAUUACACCUUAAUUUCUGAGUUAAAAUGUUAACAGUAAUCUCAAAUGGAAAUGCUCCUGAGAUCUAAACAGCAGCAUUAUCUCUAACUUUGCUUAGGCAAAGGCAGCAAGCAACUCUAUAUAUGGCUCUUGAGUUAGCAAUAGCUAAACAGGGUAAAACUGAGAAGAGAAAGUGUUCAAUAUCUGCAGCAUCUCUUUAGCUAUUUUUGGAAAAGUUUGAUCCUCAAUAGCAUCCAUAGCAUUUUAAAAAGAACUAUGUGUGGCUGGCUAAAGAACUGGCUGUCAUGGUUUUAUUAGCGAAAUUAUGUUAAAGCAUCUUGAGUUCUGUAUUAAAUUAGCGACCUAAAUUAGACUGUAAAAUGGUUGAUUAAUCCUUCCCAUGUAAAGAAUGGGUACGCAGCUAAUUGCAAAUGAGAUUCCCAGAUCCAGUAAGUGGAAUAAGUCAAUAUUUAAGAGAACACUUUGCUUUAGGGAUGGGAUUGCCUGCACUAGCAGAACCACACUACUUACGCUUAAAUGAUUCACCAGAAUAAAAUGCCUCUUUUUUUAAUUAAUGUAUCUAUUAGUCUAAGGGCCAAUUCAGCAGACAUGCAAGCAGUUUUCCUCCUGGAAAAAACUACUUCUGUGAAGCUAGUAAUUAUGCAGUUACAGAUAUGGGGCUCCAAGCAAAGAUCAUGGUGAUUAUAAUAAUCUUAAGACUAUGAGGUAUCUAUUUUGGAUUUGGCUUAUUUCAGAACAUGGAGCAUAGUGGGACCUCUGAAGAACAUCCUGUGGUAUUCUGACAAAUGUUGUCAUGAAGUUGUGCAAGCCUAAGCACAUUUACGGAGUUAAUUAAACUGAAGUUGCAGUCCUAAAUGUGCUUACCUGGGAUUAAGCCCUACUGAUCUUGACCUGUGUGGAUUGUGGUGCUACUCUACUAAGUGUGUUUAGGAUUGCAUGGAUGCUCAAAGGUGAUCCCUGCUGUGCUCAUUUGUACCUACCCCAGAUAAGUGCACAUGUGUUUCCAAGCAAGAAAUUUCAGACCCGAAUGCAUUUUUGUAUUCUGACUUGUGCACAACUUUAGUCUGAAUCGGUUAAAUGGUAAAACACACACCCCUACCUUUAUUUUGCAUUUGUAAUAUGUACGCAAUUGCUAAACUAGAAUAAUUUUGUUUUUGAUCUUAAAAUCUUAUGCCACCCCGAUCUCUCUCUGCUCAGUUGUUUCUAAUGGGAAGAGAUUGCUGAACUUUACACUUCAGGCAAUGAUUCUAGUGCAAGUUUCUUUUUGAAAAUAUGUCUGCUUUUGUUGCACAACUCCAAAAAAAAACACCAAAAAAAACCCAACAAAAAACAACAACCAGCCGCCUGAUAGCUGAAGGUCUUUGGAACAUACUAUUUCUGUUUAGUGGCUUCAAACAGAAAUGUUUCGGCAGGAAAGGAAAGGAAACUGGAUCCCGCUAUUAAUGCUAAAUAGUUACAAGCACUAGAGUUCCUGGGUUUUCUCUCUCUCUUCGGCACUGACUCUGGAAUCCUUGUGGACAAAAGCUGAGUGGGAGAAAAUGGCCCUUUUUGCAGCCAAGCUUGAAGGAUGCAAAGACUUUCUUUAUGCAAUCAAAGGCUUCUUAAAACCUUCAGAAUAACUUUCCUGGUAUUUGAACAAUGCUUUCAACCUAACUUCCCCAUCGCUAUGUUACCCUAAGAUAUAAGAUAAGAUAAGAUAAGAUGAUAAGAUAAUUUUUUUGGGGGUGGCAGCAGUUGUGAAAAUUGGAGAUGUGGGUAACUUUCUGAAAUAUGCACACACACAGUCUACCAACCUCUUACCAAACUUGUGAGUGCAAGUUUUUGCACUGUGAAAAUGGCUAAUGUGCAAUGCUGUUUGGCCUUUUAAGAGUAUAGCAAACUACACAAUCUGUACAUCUUGAGAAUUUUUGUACCAAAUGGUGUAAACUUUGAGGGAAGGUGGUCUGUGUGUGUCCUUAUGUGUGGCUGCGUGGUUUCUGGUUUUUGGGCCUUGUGCCUCUCCUUAUCUGUUUAGAAAUUGGAAAUUCUUUCUACUUACUGUAGAUAGAAAUGUCUGGCUGUGGAAGCAGUGCCUAGAAUGCCGAUGCUUGAUUCCUAAUGAGUAAAAACAACAACACCUAGACAUUGACUUCUGAGAACUGCCAAAUUUUAGUCAAAUGCUAAAGCAAGAACAUAUGAUAAGAUAAAGUAUCCCAGUAGUCUUUGGUCAAAUGUUGGAUGCCAUUUUUCAGUAACGGGAAUUGAUCCUGUCUGCCUUCCUAUCGUGCUUGUUAGAUUUUCCAUAUGGCUCCCAGGUUGAUUAGCAAAUAUGUGGGAGAGAAUGGAAAAGAGCUCAUUGUUCUCUGUGUUGGAUGCUUUGCUGAAGUUGUGACCCUUAUGACUUAUAAAACUCCUGGUGUCCUAAGCUAGUCCCACCCUCCAAUACUGAGAUUCUUUAGUAGGAGGCAAGCAUUCUUUUGGGGUGGAGAGAACUGCCCCUCCUCCCCUGCGUCCAAAUGAAGGUUGCUUGUGCAUCUUAGACAAAUAGAAGAAGGGCCCAGAGACUUGGGUUUUAUACACACUAUACCUUUAAAGCACAUUCUUUCCCUCAAAGAAUUAUGGGUGCUGUAGUUUAUCUACCACAGAGUUACAAUUCACAGCAACCCUUAACAAACUACAAUGCCCAGUUAUAUUUUUUUAAAGAGAAAUGUGCUGCUAAUGUGUUUUCAAGUUAUAGUGUCUUCACAACAUUAGUUGUAGACCUGUAUUUUCUUCUCCACCGCAAUUAAUUCCAUAGGGAACCUUCUGUUGUCACAUUUCUGGUGGCAAUGGUAACUUUCCACACCCCCCUUGAGAAUUCUGAACGUACUACCCUUUCCUACUUUAAACCUUGGUCUAGUAAGCUAAGUCUGUGGACGGAUACAUGCUUGCAGAGUUGUAUUUGUACACACUGUCUGUUCCUCGAUUUGGGAAGACUGGUAGUGGUAGCCAUGAAGCACCCCUGUUCUCAGUGUAUUGGGCUGGAGAUUAAUAUGGUGUCAGACUGGUAGGAUGCUGACAUAUCACAUCAGGGAAAAACCUAUCAAUUACUCCCUUGAAAUCUGGCAACAUGAACUCUGGGGCUGCUUCUGGGAUUGGUGCUUAGAUAACAUUGGGACCUAUAAGUAAUUGAUGUACAUGUUUGUUAAGCCCUUGGACUGGGAAUAAAACCACAGAAGGAACUUGGUAUAAGAAUGCUUUGUAAAAGAAUUGAGGGUUUGUUUGCCACCCUGGGCUCCUUUGGGAGGAAAGGCAGUAUAAUAAUAAUAAUAAUAAUAAUAAUAAUAAUAAUAAUAAUAAUGGAUUUCUUAUAACAGCUCCCCCAUCCAAAAAAAAUAAUAAUACUUGAACUGAAAAGCUGGCCUUCUUCAUUUUUGAAAAAUGAUUGAGUGGAAUUGUAGACACUGUUUUAACAUUCCGAACUUUGUCCAACUCUGUUCCCUGAAACAAACCGUAGAGCAAAGUUUUGUAUCUGAUUUCAUGCUGCAUCAGCUUCAGGGGCUCUUCACUUCUACUUCAGAAUAUACUUACAGCCUCUUGAAUGAAUGAAGCUCUUUGGAGACAAGAGCCUAGCACAAUUCAAGAUGGGGGUCUCCCUACUCUUUUUCAUCCACUCUCCAAGGCACAUAAUGCCUUCCAGUUUGAUUCCAGCAGGCCCCAAAUCACAAGGUCUUAGUCGCAGCAUGAAGUUAUGAGGAAAAUGGCCCCCAAAGGAGGGACGGGCUCUUGUGAUCCAUCAGCAAGGCCCUUGUGUUUCUCUGGGAGCCUUCCUUCAGAUUGCAACAGGAGCGUUGAGUUGUUCAGACAGAUGGCAAAGAUUAUUUCGUGUUGCUGAGAUUUCAGUGCACUACUGUUUCAAGCAUGUCUCCCAGUGCGGCGCAAAUGAUGCGUUCUUCCCAGCACGGCGCUGACGGGAACUGCUUUGUCUUCCCUGAUCAUGUUUCACAGCCUCACCUGUUGAGGAGUUGAUUCUUCCCACCCCAACCCCCCACCCCCGAAGUUGAGCAUGCGCCGGAGCGGACAUAUUUGGCUGGUGAGUCCACCCAUGGCUCUGACUUGUGGUGAGACUCUGGGGCCGUCAGUGAAAUGGAACGUUGCUGAGUAGCGUAAAAAUGAUGAUGAAAACUUUCUGCGUAGGCUUUUCUCUUGGUGGUUCAGGGAUAGUAGCUCUUUAUUAGAGACCCAUGUUUCCCAACUCUUGCUCUUUAGCAGACCUGUUAUUAAGAGCGGAAAAUGGGCAUUCUUAUUUGGCCUAUUCAGGCAUGAGCAGAAGCUAAAUAACUUUUUCUUUGGGUCCGUCUCAGCUGCUGCAUUUGUCAAAUCUGGAUGUCUGUAUUAUGUGCCAUUUCUGAAUAACAUGCUCAAAUAAUGAAGGUGUGUAUUCAUGUGUACAACUGCCAUCCUAAUUCCCUUCACCUUGCAGCUAUAGUUCAGAUUUUAGAACCAGUUGUGUGGCACUUUCAAGACCUUAACAGGCCAGUUCUGAUGGCUUGUGAAGCAAGCCUAUGUGUUUGUGUAGUCUAUCGUACUCUGGGCCAGUCCACCCAUGAGGCAAGGUGAGGUGACCACCUCAGGUGGCAGGAUCCACAGGGGCAGCAGAACACAAUGUAGAGCCUUAUUCCCACCCCCUCUUGCAUCUGAUGUAGAUCUUAACUCAUCCCUUCUUCCUUGGUGGGGAGGGAGGCACCAUUUUGUUGUUCUUUUCAGGUGCCAAAAGGUCUCAGGCUGUUCCUAGAUGCUCUUUAUUUUGAGAGAUUGUACACUUACAAGAAGUGACUGGGUAUGUAUGCUGCUAACAAAGCCCUCUCCUCCAUCAAAAUGGCUGCAUUCAUCUACAUCUUGGGGAUUACUGCGUUCAUACACACGUACAUUUCUGUGAGCAUGAGAGGCCACCUGUGCUGAAAAUGCUGGCUGUAUCCAAGAAUACCAUCAAGACCUGCACAUCAUUCAGUCCAGCAACUGUGUGAAAUGUCCAGCUUGCCCUUUUAGAUGGAAGGCUAAAAUGAGAAACUUAAAUCUCCUGUACUGGAUUUAGCGCCUGGACAUUCUGCUUUGCAGCUUCCGAUAGUUAGUGCUGAAAGAUAACCAACAUCCUUGUUCUUUUGUUGUUGUCGAGGACUGGUGAUCAGUGAGUCAAAGGGAUAAUAAAUAGGCCAGAGCUCUGCUGGGUAGCAAACCAUAUGGCCUUAAAGCACAACAAAUUCCAGGUCCCAUAUAUUCCUGUAGCCUAAUUACAGGGUUGGAAAGCAACCAAGGCUGCUACCUGUUGUCACUGUGUGGUGUCUGAAAUGAUUGAGGAGCUCUGUUGCUCUGUUGUGUGAUGUUUGCACUCUCAGCACCGAGUUCUGCUGCCCUCGAAACAAUUUAAUGCUGGGCUCAGUUUCCCGGGUUUAAUGUGUUGUAUCUGGCCUUAAAAAAUAUUUUAAAAUCCUUGUGCCAAGAAACAUGAGCUUCUUUGACUAGCGCUCGUUAUAUAUAAUGUGUGCUGCAUGCUGCCUCAUUAAGAAAUGGGGAAAUCAUUUUGUCAACUGAAGUGAUGACUGCAAUGUAUAUGUACAUGAAAUUGCUUGCCAGUUCUCCGGAUUGUCAAACAGAUUUGAAAGCCAAUAACAGGCCAGCAGCCCCAUGACUGGAGAGAUCAGGCUUGCUUUGGCUGCAUCAGUCACUGACAUCCACUUGGCCACCCUUGUGUGUAAUGCUAAAAGAAAAGAAAAAAGAAAAAAGGUACUUCUGUUUUGGGGCAAUGCGUAGGAGGGUGAAACCUCUCCCAUUUGCUUGAGGACAAAAAGAGCAGCUGAGAGCAGCUCUUUCAAACAAGAUCCAGUGGAAUAUAUAAAUGCAUUAAUAUCAAUCACCAGCAAAAAAUUAGUUGCAUAAAUGGCUGUCAGAGAUGAAUGAGAUUACUUGCUGCUUUUUGUUUUAAGCAGCAAAUCAAACUUAGCAUCUUAACUGCUGCCUUGGAGGUGGGGAAGCUGUUCAAAAGGUUUGACUUGAUUCCUGACAAUUAAUCACUGGCUUUACCCCCAAAUACGGCUGGGUGAUACAUUGAUAUACCAUCCAAAACUGGUUUGAAAUCCAUAUCGUGAGAUCUGUUUCAUAGUUCUUGACCUGGCAAUAUAUUGUGAAUCAUGGUGUAUGUGUGUGCUAUGCAAAAAUCACAACGUGGGAAAAACCCUUCUCCAAGGUCAGGAAGUCUGUGCCCUUCCAGAUAUUGCUGGACUACAUGUCCCAUCAUCACUGACUGUUCGCCAACAUAGGAUUUGAGUCCAAAAACAUCUGGAGGACCUUGCAGUACCCAAAUUUGAAAUGCAUAUCUAGUGUGCUGUUUGGAGGUGAGAGAAAGUGGUGGGGAGGCAUGGAGGAUGGAAAUGCAGUUGGGAGUGUAAGCAAAAAAACAAUAAAAGCCUGGUUGGUAAAAUAUGGAUUUGUUACUAAUUUCUCAUUUUUGGCGAUGACAUUCUGUCUUCUGCUGAAAUGUGUUUUCUCAAGUCAGGCUUUUUGGCUCCAAUUAUCUCUUGAGAGAAGAGGAAAUCUCUCAUUGGAUUAUUUGUGAAGUGAACACACCAAAUUAGAACAGUAGAAAAAGCAAGCCCUGCAGCUGUGGUUCCUUGCAAUGUAUUGUUUAUAUUGAUUUAUGCAUAUGCAAGCAACGUUGGGCAGCUGACCACAAGUGCUGGGACCAAAGAAGGUUUAUUUCUUAUUUAAACAUCCAUAACAAAGCAUCAUUUUGCAAACUGUCAUAAGCCCAAACAAAUUCUCUUCCCAUCACUUCUCGUUUCCCAGAAAAUUUCCCAGAAAACAGUGCUCCAACUUUGCUUUAUAGGAACUUCCGUAUCUUAGGAUGUUGCACCCCUGAUUCAUGACUUGUGUUGUAAUCCUUUUACCAUUUUACCUGCAAUCCUUCCAUUUCCACCAUCUAAACAUUCUGUAGAUCUGACUGGGAAUGUCUCAGCAAGGUCUGACGAACGAAAACAGGAAAUGUGGGUUUGGGGUUUGGGGGGGGGAAGAAAGAACAGUUACCUGGAAUAUUGAAGUCCCCUCAUUAGAAGUUGUAGUUUCUGGGUGGAACCCAGUAUCAUAUGAAUGGACUUCCACUUGCACAGUGAGAUUCACCCUCUUGUUCUGCCCCCUGUGUAGAGGGGACUUUUGGGGCCAUUUGGGGGACUCCAGGGGUAGAAGAGGACACUAAAAGUUCUGUUCUGCAUUCACAUGGACAGCUUGGGAUGCAACCCUAUAGUGAAGGUGUUAGGAGAUGUGAGCUAAUGGCUGAACUUGUUAGUGCAUCCUUCAGGCAGGAAGACUGAAUCUCUGGCAUCUGCUUGAAGGAGGAAAGUUGGGUGCUGGUGCUGGUGGAGCUGGCAUGGGGAGAAGAGCUGGCAUAUCACUUGUCUUUUCUCUUAAUAUACUAAUUUGCUUAAGUGUUAGGCACAGAUGUGGUGGAGGAAAUUCUGAUCUCUUUCCAUUUAUAUGUCUUAACCAUCAUCUAGAUGGUGUUUGGCUGAUCUUUGUUGGGGAGGGUGGGGUGUGGAGCCAGAGGGCAAUGACUAGUCAGAAAGAGGACCAGGCAUUGAUAAAAGUGGGAAAGCAGGCUAGUAUUUCACUCCAUGCCUUGAUGUGGCUAAUCCAGAAUGCGGCAGCUAGACUGGUGACUGUGAGUGACCUCCGAGACCACAUAACACUGGUCCUGAAAGACCUGCAUUGGCUCCCAGUACGUUUCCUUGCACAAUUCAAAGUGUUGGUGCUGACCUUUAAAACCCUAAAUGGCCUCGGCCCAGUAUACCUGAAGGAGUGUCUCCACCCCCAUCGUUCUGCCCGGACACUGAGGUCCAGCGCCAAGGGCCUUCUGGCAGUUCCCUCACUGUGAGAAGUGAAGUUACAGAGAACUAGGCAAGGGCCUUCUUGGUAGUGGCACCCACCCUGUGGAAUGCCCUCCCAUCAGAUGUGAAAGAAAUAAGCAACUAUCGGACUUUUAGAAGACAUCUGAAGACAGCCCUGUUUAGGGAAGUUUUUAAUAUUGGAUGAAUUAUUGUAUUUUAAUCUUGUGUUGGAAGCCACCCAGAGUGGCUGGGGAAACCCAGCCAGAUGGGCAGGGUAUAAAUAAAUUAUUAUUAUUAUUAUUAUUAUUAUUAUUAUUAUCAUGUCAUGUUAUGCCAACUGACGGGGCAGGGAACUCUUUGUGUUCUUCCAUGGUUGCUCAGGACUGUCUCCUGUAUUCCCUGGGUUUGCAGCAGGGUGUAGCCAAUGUGAAGCCCUCCAGCUGUUGUGGACUACAACUUCCACCCUUCCUCACUGUUGGCUGUGGUGUGGUUGGGGAUGAUGGGAAUUUUAGUCCAAACAUAUGGAGCACACUGUGUUGGCUACUCCUGGUUUGUAAGUGAGGUGCGGACCUUUCCAUUGAUGCUUUUUGUAGCUGCAUGAUUUUUGACUAUUUGUAUUGUGGCUGUUUGCUGGCUUUGUAAAUUUCAAGGAAUUUGGAAAUGGCUUGUUCAUAUGGUUUAUGCCAAGAGUUGGGAACCUGUAGCCAUCCAGAGAAUGAAUGCUGUCUGCAGUGAACAUGACAAGUGGCUGGGGAUUAUGAGGAUUAUUGUCCAACAACAUCUGGCCACAGUUCUCCAUCCUUUCCUCAAGUGGUCUUGCAUCUUCUCCAGCAGUUUUACCAAGGCUAGCAUAGCAGGGUUGUAUUUUUAUUUUUUGGAUGGGGGAGUAUAUGGAAUAUUCCCUUAGUGCUGUUCCUUCCAUCAGCAAAUAUUUCACUCCCCCCCACAGACCGUGGAGCACACUGUAUGAUUGGGAAGGAGACACAAACAUCUCUCAUCCACCUGCCAGCUUGUCUAAUGCUAAGCUGUUAGCCACUGGAUUCAGGAUACAAAGAGUGCUUGUGUGUACUGGCACAUCCCAAGUAUUGAAGGCCAUUCCUUGUUUAGAGUCUGCUGGCACACACUUAAGAGCACCUCAGGAUGCUUCCACAUAGCCUUCUCUCCCUCGCCCCUCUGCAUAUAGAGCCCAGCCUGCACCUUCAACCUGUGAAUCUAGCUAUUGGCACCAUUCACUUAACUGGUUUAUUCCAGAGAAUCUCAAUGACGUUCCUGUCUCAAACUGUUGCACUCACACUUUCCCAACAUGUCACUCUAUUAAAAAAAAUAAAAAGUGGCAGGUUCAGAUUGCUUUUGGAGUUUCUUGCACGAUUGUAAUGCUAUUUCCUUACUUGGUUUGAAGGUGUGGCUUGCAAUGUGCUUGGCGAUGGGGCUGGUGUGUAGCCUUUCUUCCUCUCCCCAUUACCUGGUUGCUGCUCCAUCAUGCGGCCUCUUCAGAACCAUUGCCCUGCUGUAGCAUCUGGACUGUAUCUGAAAGUGAGUUUAAAGGGGGAAAGGAUGUAAAAUGACCACGGGUACUCUUAUGGGAGGGACACGGGUGGCACUGUGGGUUAAACCGCAGAGCCUAGGACUUGCCAAUCAGAAGGUCAGGGGUUUGAAUCCCCGCGACAGGGGUGAGCUCCCGUUGCUCGGUCUCAGCUCCUGCCAACCUAGCAGUUCGAAAGCACGUCAAAGUGCAAGUAGAUAAAUAGGUACCACUCCAGCGGGAAGGUAAACGGUGUUUCCGUGUGCUGCUUUGGUUUGCCAGAAGCAGCUUAUUCCUGCUGGCCACAUGACCUGGAAGCUGUACACCGGCUCCCUCAGCCAAUAAAGCGAGAUGAGCGCUGCAACCCCAGAGUCGGCCACGACUAGACCUAAUGGUCAGGGGUCCCUUUACCUUUACUCUUAUGGGGGAAAGGUGGGCAGGGAAGAUUUACCCCAGUUGUAGCAACUGGUAGGAAUUCUUGUGUCAAGGGAGAGUGAAAAGAGAGGACAGGCUCCUUCCAUAUGUAAUGAAUUGUCUGCAAGAUGGAAUCUCAGUAGAUAUAGUGAGUUAUGCUGAAGUUUUCCCUUCUAUACAACUACUAAAUAUGCAAAGCCUCUUUUUUUUCACCUGGUCUGUAUUGUGCAAAUAAUAGCACAUUAGGCUCAUGCUUGUACAACUUUGUGGAAGUUGCAAAGCUGUGCAUAAUUCCCUUGAGUCCUUCCCUGAAAGAGAGGUGCUGGGUGCUAUUUGAUCUCAGUCUCGUGGUUGGUGACAAAUGUCUAGCUUAAAUGUGAGUGGAUAUGAAGUGGCCUGAGAGCACCCAAAAUAUCUGAAUGAAGUUCAGGCAGUGGGGGCUUCCCCUGGGCCCAGAGACCUCCCAAGACUCUACUGAUUUUGGCAGCAGUAGCAAAAAGAAAAGAAUAAAAGAAUAAAAAUAAAACAAGCUGGGAUGGGGUUCCACAGCACAGAACCAAUAUGUUCAGCACCCUAAUGGGAAUGUUAAUAAUCACCUGUAAUCAGCUGAAGUGUACAUGUGAGGGUCACACCCAUUGCUACUGUGGAAGGUUGGCCAAGGGUGAACAUGAUCCUCAGGCAAAAGGAAGAUUGGACAACUCUGGAAGGGAUGAACACCACAGACACACUCUCUGUGUACUUCCAGGGAUAUGUUGCUACACAGGCAUGUGCUUGGAUGAUUCAGAUGAGAGGGCAUUGACUGGAUUCAAAUGCUCCUCCUACAUACCUCUUCUGAACGCAAUUGCUUCUCUGGAAGUGGCAGCUUCCGGUAAGCCAAGAGGAAGCGGUGCCUGCAUCCUGAUGAACAGCCAGUUUCUUAAUGGUGGAGGAAAAGGGAGCCUUUCUUAAUUACAACCUUGCUCUGUCCCUGUCAAAUUACUGAGUUGGAAAUGCAGAGUCUUUCAUUAAAACUUUAUCUAUGUAAUUAGAAAUUAUAUAUACCUACAGCAGAGAGCACCUUCAUGCCUCAGUCGCUCUCUUUAAAGAUACCUUGAUGCUAUCUGACUAAAGCCGGGGGUGUGAUCAGAAUCCCCUUUCUUCAGAUAUCGGAGCCUUUCUGUCUCCCCAGGAGGGAAUGUAGUGUGGUGCUCACAUUUUAGUUCCAGCUUUUCAGCCUCUAAGUUUCUGAACUCUUCCCCUCCCAGCCACUCCCAAAUGCGUCCAGUGCAUCAUUGUUUGGGAGGCAGCUGUUCUAUUAUGCAUUCACCUCCUGAACACAACCUCGCUUACACAACCAAGGGCAUAACAAGAGCCCUACUGGAUCAAACCAAAGUCCUAUCUAACAAGCACGCUGUUUCCUACAGGUUCUGGCUAGAUGCCUCUCGGAAACCCAGAAGCAGGAUAUGACAGUAAUAGCCCUCUCCUGUUGUUUGCCAGAGGCAAACUGUAUAUGGUACGGGAGGUAAUAUAAAGCUGAGAUAGCCUUACCCUCCACAGCACUUUCUUGUCCCUUUUUAACACAUCUAAGUUGCUGGCCACAACUGCAUAUUAUGGUCACAAUUUCAUAGCUGAGCUGCCUUGGGUGUAAAAAUAUUUGCUUUUGUCUGCUCACAGUGUAACUUCAUUGAUGGUAUAUGAGAUAGGGAGGAAACACUUUGCUUCAAAGAACUCCAGACUUCUAAUUUACUCAUGUCAUUGGUGCCAAUAUGCUGUCUACCAGCUUAUCUAGGCAAAGGUUGACCUCUACAACUUUCACAUCAGGUAGGCAAGUGGACAUGCAGUCUACAUGCCCAUCACAAACCUCUUUCUAUUGACUGAAUUAUUCACUAUGAGGAACCCUCUCCCACUGGAGGCACAUCCUUGUCACAGGAAGAUAUUGGUUCACCCCACCACAUGGAAUAGGUUCCUUCUAAGAGAUUCCUCUUUCUUGGGACACCAUCCUCUGCCCCUGAGACCAUCCUAACAGUACAGGUGAUUACCCUGGAUGCUACUAUCUCAUCCCCAAAAGGACUCUUCUACCAGUCUCUGUGUCUCUCAGCUGUGUCUCUCACCUUGGCCUCAUUUCUCUUGAGCUCAUUGCACCAAGCAUGGUUUUCGUCCAGCAGACAGGUAGUGUCACAUGUAUAGCUAUUUUCAUAACUGUUUCGAUUGGGUGGCGGGAGGGUGAGUUUGAGGGCUUUUGCCUUUUCCACCCUGUCACUGAAAUCACACAGGUGCCUAACUUGCUUGUCUGCUAUACUGUUUAUCUCAACGCUUUAGCCCUGGGGUGGAAAUGGUUUGUCUGCUGGGCCUCCCCUUGUGCUCUUAGCGGAUUGUUUAUCCCCUCGCAGCUCUCCUGUGAAUCCUUGUCUACAGGAAGGAUUUUGAUAAGUCUACUUCCCUCUCUGCCAUUGUGCCUUGUUUGGCUAUCUUGGGUUAUUCACAGGGGACUGUGCUUCUCUAGAGAACCUCAGUUCACCCCACCCACUCAGACUUAAUAACCUUGCUGCUGUUAUGCUUGUUUAUCUUAGGAAAGGGAGGCGAGUUGGAACAGCUGAUCUUGCCAGAGGUUUUGGACACUCUGCUGCAGCUCUUGCUUCUGUCGAGGUGGCAGUUCUGAGGGCACCGGCUUUGUUCUACACUCCUGAGCCAUGUUGAUUUUCUCUCCAGGCAUGCCUGGGAGCUGAUGUUCUCUGUUCAUGACCAGGCUAAUUCAAUUUCAGAUGCAGUGUCUGUCUAUCUCUUUGACUAAUCACCAAUCCAAUAAUGGGAGAUUGGAGAAGGCAAUCCCAUUUGUAUUAAAAUGCAUUUAAGGCUCAGUGUGCAGAGAGGAUCAACAGUGUAUUAAUUUGCUAGACCUCUUAUUCCGGCGUGAGGAAAUUAUAGUGCAGCACACAUUGUCUGGGUCACCUUCUGGCUGCAAAGUAGUUUUAAGGAGUGACCUUUUCAACUUCUGACCAUUUUGUACCCCCUUGUGAAGCAGGUGAUGUGGUUAAGGGUACACGUCUCACAUCUUGUCCAUGCACUGACCCCUCUGAUGUGGUUAGGAAAUAUAAACCCUCUCAGAAGCUCUUGAGAACUUGUAAUAACUCCAGCUACGAUUGUAAACAUUAAAGAUUGAUUAGCCCAAUAUCUCCAAACAUGUCUCUACUGCCUUAUUUGCACAGGGAUACAGGAGGCUGCCUUAUACUGAAUCAGACCAUCAAUCCAUCUAGUCUGGUGUUGCCUGCAGCAACUGGCAGUGGCUGUCCAAGUUGUCAUUCCAGAUUCUCUCCCAGCUGUACCUAGAGAUGCUGGGGAUUGAAUUUAGCACCUUCUGUACACAAAGCAGAUACUCUGCCACUAAGCUAUGGCCCUUCCUCAUUAGAAGCCACGGGCAAACAAUAAGGAAAUUGUAGGUACUGUGCAACUAAUGCAAACUGCAAAACAUGCACUUGAAAUGACUGCUGUUAAUGAGUGAGCUGUCCUGGCUCCGGUGAGUUCCUGUUUUAAGAACAUUCAGGAAGCUGUGUACUCAAUCUUCUGAAGGAAGUGAGAAAGGAGAAUCUCAGUUCUGCUUCUGGUGAUCUGAAUGCAAUCUUAAAGAAGGUCAUAACAACUGUGGUGGUGGUUUUUUUAAAGCUUCACAUAGAGAAGUCCCCUUCUUGACCUCUCGCGGCUUCUCCAAGGUGGGAAGCCUGUGCCAUAGGGAGAAGUCAGGGAAAAGGCUUUUAAGCAGCUGCUCCUUGAGCGCCUUGGUCCAGUGCACCACGGCACUGUUGGAUAAAUAGAACAGCUUCUGGCACAUUGAAAGCUUGCUUUCCUUUUGUGUGCUUUGCCACCAGAGUGGUGUUGGUACCUCCCGUGCAGAUGGGGCCCUAAACAAAGAGCUUGAUAGCAGGCCGGUCACAUGGCUGCUGCCACCAUGCAGCCAAUCCGUUCAGGAGUUUCAGCCUUGUGCAAAGUUAUAAUUGGCCUCUCCACAGCAGUGUGACUUUUUGUGCUCUUCAAAAAGCUACCUCUCUUUUUAUACAGAGGCUGACUGAGAAGGUGGGAGGGUGGCUUUUGUUGAGGGAGGACACAGAGACCCAAUUGUGAAGGUGGAUGGGUGAUGCUAGGGUGGAGAUAUAUAUAUAUAUAUAUAUAUAUAUAUAUAUAUAUAUAUAUAUAUGGGCUGGCUCUUGUCAACCCAUUCUUGAAAACAGCCCACAGGCGUUGAACAUGGCUCCCUGGAAGGAAGAAUAUCCUGCUGAAGGGAAACAAAAAAAGCAAAUCUUUCCAACAAGAACUCCUGUGGCCAGCCAUUAUUCUUUGGACGUCUCACAGAAGCUUGUGCUUCUGCCUGGCUCUCCGCCCCCCCAGUGAAAACUGGUUUGGGGUAGAAUUAAAGGGCCCAUUUCUCAAAAGCUGUAGAUAAGAAUACUGAAUACCACAAAUCCUGUCCUUGCAUUGCGACUGUCAAAGGAAACGACGUGGUAAUAAUAACAAUGGACAUCUUUCCUUUUCAGUUUAUUUACUAAAGUAGGCAAAUAAACAAAGGUUAACAAAAGUGUUCAGGCCAUUUAGGGUUUGGCUUAGGAGUGUUUUCUUCUGUACCAUGCCAUAUCCUUUGAUGCUCACCUGCUAUUGGAAGGUGGCUGUUGGGCAAAGUGAACACAUUUUUCCUUCAUUUUUUUAAAAAAAGUUUCUGUUCCCCUAAACUCAGGUAGUUCUUCAAUAAGACCAUUUUAGCUUUACUGUGUUUAAAGUUUCGUCUCAUAAUCACCUUGGGCUAUAUCAGACAGAUGUCUGUUGUAAGGUUAGUUCUGCAUUUUUGUUUUUGAUUUUUGCAGUGUUCACAUGUCAUUGGCAUAAAAAUGCCAGCCUAUAUUCUCUCUCUCUCCCCCCCCCCCCAUUUAAACCUGCUGCAUGUAAGCCCAAUCUUUGCUUGGUUUAAUUUAAGAUAGUAGAGCUGUGGCUUUUACAAUUCUCAUUGAAGUUUACUUGGCCGAGUUGAGCCUUGCUUGCAAGAUGGAAGGAAGGCUGCUGGCAAAAGAAGCUUGGUGGCAGCAGGAAUAGACAGGUGGGUCAAAGCACAACUGCAGACUGCCUGCAGAGCAUCUUCUCAUGCCGAGUUUUUGAUAUGCGGCUCUUGAAAGUAGCAUCCAACAUGUCUUAUCAAUUGUUACCCUGACAGUUAAGUUAGUUGUCCCAGUUAAUGUGAAUGCUUUGAACCUUAUAAAGAAAUAAAAAUGCAGUUAUUGUGUGCCUCAGAUAUGCCCCUUUGGUCUAUUCCCAAAACUGGCUAAUUUGGUUAAGUGUAGACGGUACUGAGUUUUUCUUACCUGAAACCUGGUAGUGAUUUCUUCCAUUUUCUGCAGAUUUUAGUGAAGAGCGAUUUGGAAACAGUUUUGGGAUGCUGUCCCAAUGCUACCACAUUAUUGCUGUCUGGGGGGACUUGUAGUGUGACAACGGCAGGACAAUGAUAAACAAGAGCAUGUGUGUUAUAAACAGUUCUGGGAUUUCAGCAGGAAAUUCUAGGAUGGACUGUGGUUGGAAAUAAACCACCUCGAAACUUCUUCAGGUACAAAUGGUAUUUUAACAGGUAUUGCAUAUAACUGACCUGAUAGCAUUGUGAGCCCCAAUCUUUUCUUUUAUUUAUUGUUAAUGUUGCUUUUUCUCCAAAGAGCUCAAGACAGCACACACACAUCUCCCCCUCUCCAUUAUACCAUUGCCGCCCUGUGAGGUAGGUUAGGCUGAGAGACAGUGUCUCUCAAAGUCACCCGAUGGGUUUCAUGGCAGAGUGGAGAUUUGAACCCUGGUUGCCAGGGUCCUAGUCAAGCAUUCCAGAAAGAAAUGAGAGCUCCAAAGAAUAGUUGUGGCCUUUCUCUUUUCUUAAUGUUCUUACAAAGAUGAGUGCCUUCUUUUUAUUGGCCAUUUUAAAUGUUUCUCUUCUCCCCUGCUGCAUAGUCCUGGGUGUUGUAGUCUGUAGCUGGGAUAUUAAACAGACUAAAAUAUUUAUCACCACAAAUCUCUAAUAGUGACGGUGGGACUUACAUCCUGGCAGUGAGUAAGCGAAAUUGAGAGAGUAGCUUCAUGUGCCCUGGCAAAGAAGUUGGAAAAUAUAUUUUUCCUCCACAACCCCCAAAGCAUCUUUGUUAAAAUAUAUCAGUCCUACACAUAUGCAUUCAAAAAUAAUACAGUGGUACCUCAGGUUACAUAUGCUUCAGAUUACAGACUCCGCUAACCCAGAAAUAUUACCUCGGGUUAAGAACUUUGCUUCAGGAUGAGAACAGAAAUCAUGCUCCAGCGGCGCGGCAGCAGCAGGAGGCCCCAUUAGCUAAAGUGGUGCUUCAGGUUAAGAACAGUUUCAGGUUAAGAACGAACCUCCGGAACAAAUUAAGUACUUAACCCACGGUACCACUGUAAAGUUUUGUACAAUCCACAUGCCCUCUUCCUGCUUAGUGGCUAAACUUUAUAUGGCCUUUUGAAAUCUCUGGGAGACAUGUCUUCUCUUCAAGGGCAGGAGAAAUAUCUUUUUCCCCAGGUCUGAAUCUUCUGCACUUCUCAAUCGAACGCCUGUUAAAUCUGUUCUUGUAGGAGAGCUAAAUCCAUAACCGGAGCGAUUAAACCAAUUUGGCUACAUGGAAACAGGGUCUAAUUAAUCACGCUGUCCAAACUCCUCUUGCUUUAUGGAGCCGCUUCUUAUUUUACAUUCCUUUCUUGCCACUUGAAAAGCUUCUAUGUUAGUCUUAACUUCUUUGAAGCAGAUCUUAUUGAAUUUAAAUGUAUUCACUCAACCAUGAUUGCUGCCGAAAAGCCCUUGUCUGUGCUGGCAGUCCAUGUAGGAGGAAUAGUCUUUCGUCUCCUCCUUUCCUACCUCUCUCUCCCCCCUGCCUGCCCCCCCCAACAUGCAGCAGGCAGGGUGAGGAGUUGAACGAUUACUCCCUGGCCUGGAUAGGUGGGCAACCAUAGGUGGGUGAACAAACAUGGGAUAUCGCAAUGCAGCGAGAAGCUCUUGCCUACACAGAUAAGCAGUGGCGUAGCGUGGGUUGUCAGCAAGGCAAGUAAUUUGCGCCUCCUAACCCGUGGAUUUUAGCAGGGGGCAGAGAGCUGUGAGUGCGAGCAGGCCCCCCCAGAUGUUGCGCCCGGUGCGGCCGGCCCCCCCUGCACCCCCACGCUACGCCACUGCAGAUAAGUGAGCAUUAUUCCAAGGAGUCCUGCAGAUCCAAAGCAUCAAAUGUUGGAUCCAAAAUGUGCGAGUGCGGUAUAGGCUACCAAAAUAUUUAGAAGCGAUUCCUCCUCCUCCUUUUCUUUUUUAAUGACUUGUGGCUUGCUUCCUUAGCCGCCUGUAAAAAAGCUGCUGAUGCCUGGUUUUUUUUGUGAGGGGUUCUGAGCUCUUGAACCAAGAGAGAGAGAGAAGCUUAUGAAUAAUGCAACUUCAGUGAGCAAAGGGAUUAAUGAAAGCACAACCCAUUGGGUCCGAUGGAGCCAGAGUCCUCAUUGGAUGCCUCUGCCAACUGAAAACAUUAAGGAGGCCAUUUGAAACUCCUGUAAACUAUGCGUAUAAUUAUUGGUGCCUCGUCCUGUGGACUUUGCACAAGAAAAUGGAGCAAGCAAGGAAUGGUGGUUGAGAUGCACUUGCAUUUCUCUUCCUAGAGCACAGGCCUGGUUGUGUUGUGCAGAUGGAAACAUAAGUCCUGGAUGUUGGUGGAAUAGCGACUGUAGCUGCAGGACUAAGUAAGUAAUGAAGAAAAGAGGGGUGGGAAUUAGCACAUUGAAAAGCGCCUCUUGUGUGGAAAGUCCUUGACCACUUUUUUUUUAUCUCUCCCUCCCCCACCCCCGAAAUUGGCUCUGUCUGUUUUGAGUCAUUUCAUUUCCAAGAAACCUUUCUCUUUCUCCUCCUCCUUCCCUUAACAUGACCUGAAAAAAGCCUAUGCAGGAAAUGGCUGCAGAUUACUCGACUACCCCUCUGGCCAAGCCAUGUGAAAUGAAUCCCUGAUAAUGAUGAGAGAGUGUCUAAAGGAACGGCUCCGUAAACAGCAGUGAGCUUUUAAUCUAACCACUAUCCAGUCAUCUGCACUUAUUUUCCGCUCCUUCCCACCACCUCCUUUUCCCAGCAGGCAUAAAACCUUGUAGCCAUUAAAGUGGUCCUGAGGGGAUCCUUCAGACAAUGGAAGGGGUGCCGAGUGGGACAAAAGGAGUUCAGAUGCACUCUUGUCUCUUGGGCAAGUGGAGAAGCGAGGGGAGUUCUUGUAAACGGCAGCGGAACUGGUGUGUCUUGGAUGAUGCUGACAAUUAGGAGUGUCCUGCUGGUUUUUCUGAAACAAACAAAUACAAAUACCCUUCAUAAAGAGUCUAAUAUUGCUUUUCAUUAAUCAUUUCCAGCAUGUCAUUCAAUCAUUCAGAAUAUUUACCGCUUAAUUCUACCUAUUGCCCCAAACGGUUAUAUUAAUAAGACAGCCUUCUCUCUAGGAACAUGGUUGGAAGUGAAAUCCUACAUGCUAUGAAUCGAGGAAUAGGAUAGCUAGUAUGGCAGAGCUGUGUAUGGUCAGUGUUUGGGUGGGAGGCUAUCAGGGAACUCCUUGUACUUAGCUCAGAAGGAAGGAGGGAUAUACAACUGUAAUGUGUGAAAGGUUCACAGCCACGUGGCUGCCAUCGUCUAAUUUGUAUUUACUAUGGCAAUCCCUGGUGCACCUAUAGUUCUGAUAUACCUGUGGUGGGAAAUAGCUCCAAUUCUGUGUUGGUUAGGAGCUGUUACCUCUCUCUGUAAACCAACUUGCACCUGUCUGAAAGCUUUUCACAUGUGAAGGCUACCUACAGAUGACCUGGCUUCUAGCAGCCGCCUUAUUUGAGUCUUGAAGGUACAUAUGAACCUGCUGCUUUCUGGCAAGAAGAUUGAAGGCCAGCAACGAGCUGAUGACUAUGAAGUUCUAUAAAUCUGCUUUCUGCUUAUUAAAUUGAGUCAGGAAUCUCCUGCCAUUUCUAAAAAAGCAAGAGGCUCUCAAAGCUUACGGUGGUCUGCAAGUGAGAGGAUGACCUGGCAAUCUAAAUUCCAGUAUACGAUGCUUGUCUCUGAAGGCACCAGGCUAAAGCAUGAGGUGAUUGAAUCUAGUCAAAAGCCACUUCUGUAUUAUUCCCCACCUUGUAAGCCAUGUCAGGGGUGCCAUAGCAGUAGAUUCCCUACAUCAACAGGGGAUCGCACAGUUGGUUUCCAGAACUAUCCACUUACUCUUACCAGGCUCUCAAGAGCCCUUCCAUCUCUGCUGCUACUCCUGUGCAAUUUGACACUUAAGCACAUCCUUUCCCCAUCAUUGGAAUAGCUGGAAUUUCCCCAUUUUCAUCCCAAUUGAUGCAGUUGUGAAGCAUCUGCAAAACUGCUAGCAACCAGUGCUGUGGAAAAGAACAUUAUUUCCAGUGUCUCCAGCUGAAAACCAUUUUAUUUGAAACCCCCCCCCCCCAGUUGCUUGCUUUUUGGCUGUGGAGAUCCUACCACCUUUCCUUUGGUAAAAAUUAGAGAGGCCAUUGAAUGUGCAAUGACUGGCUCUUCUGUUUUUGUAGCUUCUGGCCUUGCAAUAAAAGCUCAAGAGCCUGGUUGUUUGUACCUGUCAGCUUGUUGUUGUAAGCCCAAGACAGCAACAGCAUGUAAAAUACUUCUCCUCCCCCCCCCCUUCUGCCACAUCACUAACAAGAGCCCCCCCCCUCAAUUUUCUUUAUUGGGAAGUGUCAACAGAUUAGUGGAGAAUCCCUCUGUGCGGACAAAAACCUGCCACAAAAGGCAUUAGGCUUUCAGCUAUUGGAUUACCACGUGGCCACCUGUCAACUGACUUUGUAAAUGUAUCUGUCUCCAAACUGUUUUUCGCAUUAGAGGGCUGAGGUGUUUUUUUCCUCCAGGAAUGUGUGUUGCUAAAUGACUAUUUCAGCAUCCUGCGUUUAAGCCUUUUUGGGGGGUGAGGGAGGAGUUGAGGAGAUUAAAGCUGUCUUGUGCAAGAACACUAAUGUAAUAAAAUCUUAAGUGGUUAACAGGCAAAGCGGGCCAGUCUGUCUGCACGGUAAAUACAUUGCUUCACCUAGCGCCAGGUGCCUUGUGGGGGAAAUCUUUAUGAAAGGAGUUCUCUAGCUCCUAAGAGUUCCUUUGUCUGAGAUGGUUCUAGGAGGUAGGGCUCUAUUGCUACCUGAAGCAGUAUGCAUGGAAAGGGGGGUGUCGGGUGCUUGCAUCUCCUGAAGAGACUCCUUCUUUCUUGCACUUCUGUGACCAUGCCCCCAAUUUAGAAAAUAUUGGUGAUUGUCAAAGGUUUGUUUUUUGACAGAACCUGCAUCCUUUGAAUGAGCAGCAUCAUUUCGUUGAUCACCUGAAUCACAUUUAAAGUCAUAUAGUGAAAUAACCUGUGGUGAGCCUCAGACAUAAACUCUGUUCUCCUCCUUAUCUCCUCUCGUGCAUACAAGAUGGGUGCAUGGGAGCAGCUUCCCCCCUUCAGGUCAAGUAAAUAAAUAAAAAUACUUAACUGACCAAUUGCAUGGCAGAUACCGUAUUUUUCACUCUAUAACACGCACCCGACCAUAACACGCACGUAGUUUUUAGAGGAGGAAAAUCCGUAGGCAUGCCACCCGUAGGCAUUCCCUCCAUAACACGCACAGACAUUUCCCCUUACUUUCUAGGAGGAAAAAAGUGAGUGUUAUGGUGCAAAAAAUACGGUACCUUGGUUCUGCCUCCCCAACAUAAAGCCUGCCUCCCCUAAAAUCAGUCAUUGCUAUGUCCAUGGAUGGGUGGACAUUUUAGAGCAAACUGUCUUGUUAUUCAGAAAGGUGGAACUCUUGGUUCAUUCUAACCAAGGUAAGCUUAACUCAGCUAGAGUUGAAAUGUGGUGGGCACCAAAAUUUAAGCAUGUUAUAUGUGGCACAGUUCAUAAUAAAACUUCCUGAGAAACCUCCUGAAGUAGGAGUGCUUAAGAUACCUCAUGUGAAGUGAUUCAUAAAUGAAAUAAACAAUGUCAUUACGGAAGAGACCUUUGGGUACAUCUUGGCCUUUUGAUUCAUGAUGUACUUAAGUCUGAAAUGAUGCUCUGUUGUUCCUUGGCUGAGUAAGUAAUCUUGCUGGGUAUUGUCAGUACCAAGAACUGUAAAAGAGUGCUGUAAUUAUUGCCCAUUAGUGUUUCUAACCACUCUGUGCUUUUCUUCUCCCUCCCUCUCUCUCUUCUUUGGCAGGGAUUUGAUGCCAAGAACUCUCGAUGGGCAGAUCACCAUGGAAAAAACUCCCAGCUACUUUGUCACCAAGGAAGCCCCUGCUCGCAUCUCUGCCAUGUCGAAGGGCACCAAACUCAUUGUGGUGGUGAGAGACCCGGUCACCAGAGCCAUUUCUGACUACACGCAAACUCUGUCCAAGAAGCCUGACAUCCCCACCUUUGAGAGCCUGACCUUCAAAAACAGGACUACGGGCCUCAUUGAUACCUCCUGGAGUGCCAUCCAGAUUGGCAUUUACGCCAAGCACCUGGAAAACUGGCUCCUGUACUUCCCCAUUGGGCAAAUCCUUUUUGUCAGUGGGGAGAGGCUAAUCAGUGAUCCAGCUGGUGAGUUAGGCCGAGUCCAGGACUUUCUGGGCCUCAAGAGGAUCAUCACGGACAAACACUUCUACUUCAACAAAACCAAGGGUUUCCCAUGCCUGAAAAAGGCUGAAGGCAGCAGCAAGCCCCACUGCUUGGGCAAAACCAAGGGGCGGACCCACCCCAACAUAGACCAGGAAGUGGUCCAGAGGCUGCGGGAAUUCUACAGGCCCUUCAACAUGAAGUUCUACCAGAUGACUGGACAUGACUUUGGCUGGGAUUGAUGGUUUAAUGCCGACGUUCUUGCCAGAGUUAAUCCCCUCAUUUCAGCUUGCUAUCCCCCUUAUAUAUGUAGAUAGGUCUAUAUGUAAAAUGUACAGAAAUCUAUUUUAUAAUAAUUUAUUUUUAAUUCUUAAGCAAUUAAUUCACUAAGCUGCCUAACCACACUGUAGCAGCCCAUAGCUGUGUUUUUAACAUUCCACAGUGCUGAAUCCUAACUCUGCUCUUUCUCUUUUUUGUAGCCUGGUUCAGUUUGUGCUGGAAAGUGCUUCCAAGUAUCUUCUAUGAGAAAAAUUAAUAUAAAAGAAAGGUUGGUGGGUAAGGGAGAAAGAAUUUUUAAAAGCACAAUUUUAUUUUCCAAUACGGGUACUAGGCAUUUUGAAACACUUUUGUGAAAGGCCCUCCAGCUAGCAUAUUUUGCCUUCCCUCUUCCAGAUCAACCCACUUGCAAUUGAGUUUUUGGUUGGCUAUGAAAUUUCGUGGAACUCAAAGCAUUUAGGCCUAGCUUAAGCCUUUACAGGUGGGCAUGGCACGAGUGCUGAAGGAGAUUCUCUCCAGCCAUAUAGCUGCUGCUGCCUGUUUCUCAGAUAUGUUUUCCUUGAUGUGUACAACUCUCUCUCCUUGUAGAAAGCUUUGCUACAGUAGUUACUGAAUGUUCUACAGUUUUUCCUUCUGCUUUCUUGACCUUUAAGCAGAUUUCCUGGACUGACAACUAUGCAUAUUUGGUCCAGCUUUAACUUGUUCCUGCUGAAAAUGUGAAAUGCUUCCUUCGGGCACAAUUCAUAUGGGGUGCUGCUUCUUUUUUUUAAAAAAGCUGGUCUUGCAGAAGAAGACCAUGCAGUCUGAACUUGUAUAGUGAACCACUCCCUGCUAUUUAUAACUGAAUGAUAGGCCUGAUUGCUGAUAGCCCUGCAGUCAGGGUGCUCUCAGAUUAGAACAUGCAGAGUUACAUGCCUCAUCAGCCUUUUUCUAAGAGAGUUAAUUAACACCCCCCCCGUCCGCUGGUGCUGAGCUGAAAGUUUUGGACUUUCAUAUGGGGUCAAGUGGGAUGUGGGGGGGGGGGAAGUAUGCACUUCAUUAAACCCUUGAGAGAGGGGUUGGAAAUGAACACGCAGGGACCAUAGACAGUCUGAACCUUGCCAAAGAAUUUCACACCUGCCCCCCAAGACUAGCAAACAGCCUAUUCCUGCCCCUGCCCUCAAUCACAUUACGCUAAGGUGAAUUGAAUGUAACAUCUUGGCACAUUAUAAUUGGACCUCCAGGAGAAUUGCUCCCAAUGUAGGUACUUGAGAAGGUUGGGCAUGUCUGACUAAUGUUGCAGUGAGUGAGCUACCAUCUUGUAUUAAAACCUCUGUUCAGCUGUACUAUUUCUCUCUUUCUCUUUCUGUGUGUGUUUCAGUUCUCAACACAUUCUUGAAGUGUCCCACAUUGGACACAUCUUGAACAAUGUGGGCAUAACUGUCAGAUUUAUUUUGAGAAGUAACUGCAUAUGGAAUGUGGGAUUCCUCAGAGGGCUGUAUACAAUUUGUGUGUGCAUGAGCACAUGCACAUUAUUCUAAGGAUGUAGACAUUCAUAUGAACAUUCAGCCUCUGUGUUAGCCAUCUUUGGACAUAUGAUGUUUGCUAUCACCUGCUGGUGAGGCAGCACGCUAGGACAGGCUUCCCCAAUCUUGCACCCUCCAAAUUUUGUUGGAUGGCAAUUCCCAUCACCCCUCACCAUUGGGCACCUUGGCUGGGGGGAUGACCGGGAUUCCAAAAACAUCUGGAGUACCAGAGGUUCCCCUUCCUGAUUUACAUGUUGAGCACUACAGAAUACAUUAAAUAGACCCCUUGCUGUAGACCUCACUCCAUCCUUUGCACCAGGGUUGGUCAGCAUGGUGUCCUCCAGAUGUUGCUGAACCACAACUCCCACAAUCCCAUGCCAGCUGAGGCUGAUGGGAGUGGGAUUUCAAAAACACCUGGAGGAAUGCUACUAUAGAAAAAGUUGCUUGAACCCACCUUCUUCCUACUAAAGUGAGAUGCAACACAUGCACCCUUAGCCUCCUCUUUCUGGACCCCCUCUCAACAGAAUCUGUGACAUGCUUAUGUGAUAACCAUGUUGUCAAGCCACGCAGCUUCUCUUGCUCCAGGAAAUUGUAGUGGGAUUUUCUUUUAUAGCUCUCCUUUGUUUUCCAUUUCAAAAUCUUUUUGCAGAACUCAGUGCUUGGACUUUUCCUUCUUCUCUGAGUAGGUUUGUAGCCAGAUGCCUUCCUCUCCAUUGCACAAAUCAAAUUGGCAAAGUAGGUAUUGUAUCCACAGAACCUGUUCCGAAUGAUUUUGAGAAAUAAGUUGAGUGAUAACUCUGCCACUACUUCACCAUUCAGUAUCUUGAACAAAAUUGCCUGUGCAGACUAUAUAGCAGAAAUAUUAUGAAACCAGUUAAUUUAAAAGACCUUACCUACAUAUCAUGGUAACCAUGGUGGACCUUGUACCAUAUGGCAUUUGAAACUGUUCAAGCUAGCUUCCAUACAUUAACUUUUUAAUGUUCACGAGAGGGUACCCAGUUGAAACUCAGAGGUGUGGUUGGACUUGUUUCCCCCCACAUGGUAACAUUAAUUUAUGGCUGAGUUCCAUUCAGCAGUACGUCCAGAUAUUAGCAAUAUUUUUGUGUGUGUUUGCUGUAACAUGAUACAUCUUAGACUAGUCUACUUGUAAAGGAAAGCAAAAUGGCAAGCAAAAACUGUAAAUUGAGUAUUUUGUGGUAUGUACAACACAAAUUAAUUUUACACAGAGGUUUCUAGGAAAAUGAAAUUUUGAUUCAUACUAUUUCUUUGUAUGAAGAAAUAAAAUAUAUUUUACC